UUAUUUCGUUAAGGAAAUUAAAGUUAAUUCGUCGCGUAUAAGUUGAUGAAAGGUAGUGCAAAAAGCAUAAUAAGUUGACAAUUGCAAUUGUUCAUUGAGUGCAUAUUGCAAGGAGCUGCUUAACAACGUUUACAUCCUGCUGCUUGCAAAAAAAAUUGGGCGCCUUUUAUUGCUCCCUCUCUCGGUCUCGCUCUCUGUCGCUGGCUGACCCUGUGCUGCUCCUUGGCGAUACGAAAUAAAAUAAUAAACUAAACGAGGGCAAGCAACAAAUCAUUAUCAAAAAUGCCGAUCUGCAAGCGCGACGGAUUUGAUCUCAAUCAAUCACAGGAAACAUUCCACGACAACGAUUUGGUCUUCUGCUGUUAUAUUACCAAGCGGAUAUUUCGCGAUUACGAGGAGUAUUUUCGACAUGUUAUGGCCAUUAACUCGACUGUGUGGCAGUGCGAGGCGACUGGCAAGGAUGGCCUCACCUACGAGGAGGCUGUGAAGAGCGAACGGCUCGCCCGCAAAAAGAUGGAACAGUUCAAACAGAGUUUACGUGCGCCAGUUCUCCUGGUCAUCGAACAUGCCUGUCAGUCGGCCGUGAAGACGCUCACUCUGCUCGCGUCCAAGUUUCUGCGCAAACGCUUCUUCCUCAACGAGGAGGUGAAUAUCACAACCAAGCGAAACCAGGUCUUCAAAGUGAUUGGCAUUAAGCCGGCCGAGAAUGCUCCAAAGCCGGUCAACGGCGUUUACGAGGAAACCGAACAGCUCGAAUAUCGUUUGUGCGCGCCGAACGGCGAGGAGGUUGUCGCCACCUUUGAGCAAAUGCGUCGCAAACGAGACGAGUUCAACCACGAGAACCUCAGCAUGUUCAUCAAGAACAAUGUAAUUCGUGUGGAGGGAUUACUGCGGCCCAAGCCCGAAAUCUACAAACAGUAUGUGACAGAACCAAAUGUCAGCUUCUCUAGCAUCUUUAUUGGGAAAAUGCCACGAUAUUCACCAUCAAAAAUCAAACGACCCGACGCUAAGGAUACCAAAAAACAAUCAACACUUAACAAGUUCUUUGUCAAUAGCGAGGAGGUGAAGGCAAAAAGCAAGGUGGACGACAAAGUCAAAGACAAAUCGUUGGGCGAGGAAAUGGAGCGCAGACGCCUCGAGAAGCAGGCCAAAGUGUUGGAGGAGAUACGUCAAAAGGCGGAGAAGAAGGCACAAAAGAAGGCGGCUCUAAUGUUGCGCGUCGAGGAGGAAUGCAAUUAUCUGACAAUCAAAACGGAUGAUCUGGAACGUGUCGAUCAGUCCGUGAUGCCCACCUAUCAUCCAAUUGUUACACUUCUGCCGGACCAUUUGCUGGGCGACGCCUUCAUGCUGCGUGAAUUUAUUCACACGUAUCGUGGUGUACUCUCUGGGGCCGGAGUGCUCACCCAGAACCUGACCUUCUAUGAGAUGUCGCGAGCAUUUAGCGCACGCGAAGUGGCCGGUCCACUCUCAGACAUAUUGAUCGUGCUGCUGGGCACGAUCUUUGAUAUGCAACGCGAGGAGGAGGACGAGUGCCCCGUCAGAUAUUCGCUGAGACGCGUCCAGUCAACCGAGGAGCCCUACCUGAGCAUGUACAAUGCCUCGCAUACGGCUCGCUAUGCCAAGCGACACUAUUCCUUCAAUCUGAACGUGUUGCCGCUGGAUGCGCUCACCCUCAGCGAAGUGUUGCGCCUGCAUUUGUUGUCCUCCGGUGCGGCUCUGGCUGAGAAGAGUGAAAGAUGGCGUUACUUGUAUCGCAAUGGUUACGCCUCGCGUGAGGAUCCCGGUCUGGAGCUGCUGCUCCAGCACCCACACAUUCUACAUCUACUCCGAACGCAUACCAUUGGUCAUCUGGACUUUGUGGACAUUAUGCGUGUGAUUAAUUGUUUGAUGGCACAGAUUUUAACCUAUUCCGCCAGCAUUACGGUGAUCGACAAGCGCAUGGAGCGCAUAACCAAGGUGAAGGGCGAACUACGUGCGUUGGCCAUCAGCGAGAAUCGGAGACUAGCCGCCGUCGAGAUGACCCGACGCAAGCUGACCAACGAACACAAUCAGGAGUGCAUGUCAGACGAAGUGAAGCUGGAUAUGGACAAGAGGCAGGCACUCGAUGAGAAAUUGAAUCGACGCGUUGCCAAUCUGCUGGUACAAUCGGAUCGGGAGCAGCGCAAAUACGAUUUUCAGAUUGUCAAGCUGCACACGAAGCUGUUCAAUUUUCUGGUCUACUUGGGCAUGGAUCGUUGCUAUCGCAAGUAUUAUGUGCUCGAGUCGAUGCCGGGCAUCUUCAUAGAGCACUCGCCGGAUAGCGUGGACACGUGUCUAUCGCAGCCGCCGCUCAAUAAAUCGCCGGACGAGUUACGCAAACAGGCGCAGUUGCCCAAGAUGCGCAAAGAUCUGCGAAUCUAUUUGCUGAAGUUGUAUGGCGACGAUUCGGAUAAGCGGCCUAAAAACACCGGCAAACAAUCGUUGGAGAACAAGGAGAACCAGGAGAAUCUGCUCAUCAACGAUCACGGUCAAUCGGCCGAACCAAUGGAUUUAACCGGCGACGACGAUGAGCACUCGACACCCACACAAACUGAGCUGCUCAUGUGCAGCGGAGAUGCCACUAAUUGCAUAGUUCACAACGAGCAGCACGAUAAGCGACAAAUAUGGACGUACAUCCAUCAGAAGGAUGAGAUCGAUGCCCUGAUCAGAUCCCUGAAUCCACUAGGUCUGCGUGAAGCAGAGCUGCUCGAGGAGCUCACCCAGAUGCGCGCCCUGAUCGAACAUCAUGUGAAGUAUUGUCCGCACGACAUGCUCAGUCUGGAUAGCAAUCAGAAGCGCAACAAGUUCGUCAAUGCAAUGAAGACGGAGACGAAUCGCAAAUAUGGCCAGGCUAAUUUUGGUCUGCCCGAGAAUACGGAUCUGAACGAGGUGAUGCGUCUGCAUCUAAUCGAUUGCAUUCUGCAGCUGGAAACGGACAUUUUCACAGGCGAUCUUGGCAAGCUGAAGGUCAAGGAUAUGGAUAAGUGGCGCGAACAGCUAUUGGCCGACGAAUUUGAUGCCCAGUGCACGCUACGGUGGGGACCAGGAUUCAUGCACAGCAAUGAGACGGAUGCCGAUACGACGGACAAUAUCAAUAAUGAGCUCUACGACGAAGAGGCCUGCCAGUUUGGCAGGACUAAGUACGGCGCCUAUCGGGAUCCGGGACAACAUUUGAGGCAGACUGAUGUCGCUGCCUCAACGAAGGUAACCGAGGCGCAUGAGACUCAGGUGCGGAAUCUGGCGUCGGCAUUGCUCCAGGUGGAGCAGGCGGUGGGUCGUCGCUUCCUAAAGGAGCCAUUCAGCAUGACUACAGUAAAGAAACCAGAGUCAAAGCCGGAAAAUCAUAAGCUCAUCUGUGCGGCCAAGUUGCAACAAUGGGAACUGUCGCUGAUGCAGAGCACCAACUAUGCCCAGAUCUUUCUGCAUAUGAACGUAUUGCACGACUCCAUAUUAUGGAAGCGUUCCACAAUGAAGUCGCUGUGUAAGGUUUGCAGACGUGGCACCGAUCCGGAGAAGAUGCUGCUCUGCGACGAGUGCAAUGACGGCACUCACAUGUUUUGCAUGAAGCCAAAAAUGCUCUCGGUGCCCGAGGGUAAUUGGUAUUGUCAGACCUGUGUGCGAACUGGAGGCUUCACCAAUGCCACCGCAGACGAUGAGCAGCAAGAGCAAAAGAAACGCACCGCCCAAAAGAAAUGCAAAUUUGAGGUGGAGGACGCAGAUGCCGACGACGACGAGAAGGAGGAUGGCGAGGGCGAGGAGGAGGAUGGCGACGGCGAGGAGGAGGAUGGCGAGGGCGACGAGGAGGAUGGCGAGGGCGACGAGGAAGAUGGCGAGGGCGACGAGGAGGAUGGCGAGGGCGAGGAGGAGGGAGAUGUUGACUAUGAAGAGGCGGAGCAAAGCGAUACACAAGAUGAUGAUAUCAGCGAAGCCUCCUCCUCUCACAUCUUAUCAUCCGCCAAGUCAAAUGGCCGAGCGACAGCGACGCGACUCCGCAGCAGCAGGCGACUGAAAUCGAAAGAAAUUGAGGAGGCACUCGACGACGAUGAUGAUAACGAGUCCGUCGACGAAUCGUCCAUUGCAGCCGAAGAGAAUGAUGGCAACAGCGAAGAGGAAGAAAGUUACCAAGAGGAGGAGGGGGAGGCGGCAACUGACCAAAGUCAAUCCUCGUCCGCUCAUAUCAUAUCCGUCAAGACAAAUGGCAGACCGGCAGCGAAGCGACUCCGCAGCAGUAGACGAAAGAAAUCCAAGGAAAUUGAAGACGAGGACGAAAACGAGCUCUCCUCCAUUGAAGCUGAACACAAUGAAGAAGAUGAAGAAACUGAGGUGGAAAAGGUUUGUCAGACGUGUUUCUAUGAUGGCUGCGAAAUUUGCUGUGCCCGUUGCUCCGAGUGGUAUCAUCUGGAGUGCGUUAAAUUGAAGCGACAACCUCGCACGGAUUUCGUGUGCAAGAAGUGUAAAUCAAAUGAAAAGCCACGCACGCGACGCCGGCUCAGUCAUGAUGGCGAUGCCGAUGAUGAUGAGGAUCGGGAGGAACCGCAGGCCAAGCGUUCGCGCAAUUCUUUACGCAACUCAGUAGUCAAGGCAGCGGCCAACAGCAGCACCAAUAAUAAUAAUAAUAAUAAUAACAAUAAUACCAGUAACCACAACAACAAUCGUCGUUCGGGACGCCGAACCAAUGAUGAUCUGCCAUUAAAUGGCGCCGUCUUAUACGAUCUAUUGGAGCAGACGAUGAAGCAUAAGGCGUCGUGGCCUUUUCUGCGACCAGUGCUAAACUCUGAGGUGCCCGACUACCAUAAGAUAAUUAAGACGCCAAUGGAUCUGGCCAAAAUCAAAUCAAAAUUAAAUAUGGGCCAAUAUCAAAUAAACGAGGAGGUGCUCAGCGAUAUCCAGUUGGUGUUCAAGAACUGCGAUCUGUACAAUGUCGAAGGCAAUGAAAUUUACGAUGCUGGCAGCGAAUUGGAGCGAUUUGUAAUGUCACGCUGCAAGGAUCUGAUGCUGCCGUUCCGGCCCAGUGACAUGAAUGCCACCGAAGGGAUUUGCUAAGUGUUUCGCUUGCAUUUAAUUCGCAAACCAUGUAAAUUAAUUCACUUAGCUUUAGGCAACAUGCAAAGUGCAACAUACAAAGAACAAGCCAACGUACAUAAUUAGCCAGUAUUGUUUAGUUACCAGUUAUCAGCCGCAUUCACACACACACACACACACAUACACACACUUUAUAUAGUCUGUUUAGUGUAUGCAAUGUGUAUACUUACUUGUAUCGCUAUGAUCCACCAUUUAGCUUAAUCGUUCCAUAUUUCAGCUAUAUAGCUAUUAGUUUCUGUAUCAAUUUUAUUAUUAAUUUUACGCAUAAAUUAUUGUAGACAUAUACGCAGAGUUCACAGAUUUUAGCAUUCAAUAAAUAAAUAAAAUACCGAAUACUUGCAACCUUUAAAACUACUGUAGCCAUAUUCUCUGUCGCAGUUGGAACGCCAACUGGUGAAAUACAUGUCCAAAGUGAAUCAGCUCUUGGGCAAUACAUGCAUAUUUGUAUCUGAAAGUACGUUUGAAGUAUUAUAGUUGCAACCACUUGCAAAACAUCAUGCAACAACUUGAAUACAAACA